GAAGAAAAGGUAGAGCAAAUUAAGCUCCACCAUUCUCUCAGAAAAAGAAAAAAAAUAAAAAAAAUAAAAAAAUUUAAGCACCAUAGUGCCGGAACUGAGAGUCUGCGAGAGAGACGCCUAGAAUGUCAGUCUUCGUUUUCAGUUGUUCGUCAUGCUCUUUGUUGAAACCGAAGAACCUUAUCUCAAGCCCAUUAACAUCAAGAAAUCAGCUGAGGAACAGCAGCCCCAGUAGAGUGCCUCUGUGGAAUAAUCAUAAUAAUAAUAAUAAUAGUUACAGUGUGAAAGCGUUUUUCUUCAAUCCUACUGAGGACCCCGUUGUCCAGGAAGCUCUUAAGGAGCCGGUUGCUUUCAUGGGUGGGAUGUUUGCUGGUCUUUUACGACUUGAUCUGAAUGACGAUCCACUCAAGGAAUGGGUUUCUAGGACUGUGGAAGCCUCUGGAAUGACAGAAGAAGAAAUUGAAGCUCAAGGGUUUAAAACAGAAGAGGAAGCUCCAGAACAGAUUGAGAUUGAAUGACUCCUCAUCUUCCAGUUUGUAUACUAAAUACUUGCCUUUUUGAUAUGUCAUCAAUGUUUGACUAUUAUACAAUAAUUACCAAAAUAAAUUUUGUCGGACAAUA